GAUGUCAUCCAUCAAGCAGCAUGAAAAAGAACUAAAGAUGGACACGCAGAAAACACUCUCUGCUGUUGAAUUGUGUGAAGUCCUGUUAAUUGCUGGUAAACAAGCAUUGAUGUUCAUACUCCAAAAUGAGAUAGAAGAACCGUUGGUUGGUUUUUUUGCUCGACACAAACACGAAUUGUUUCACUUAUAUAUCCAACAAAAAUGUUGUGGGUGUCAUUAUACCAAAACUACAGCAACAAAAUAUGCCGUUCCACGAAUGUCAUUUAAAGACUGGUCUAGUCUAUUCGUGCCAAAUAGGAAAAAAUGCUUAUUCAAGGGAUAUUGUUUUUGUCAGUUUGAACUUUCGAAGGGGAUAAAUCUGCAUUUUCUCGGAAUACCUUUAUUAACAUGCGUCUUGCUAAAUAUUUGUAAUCUACCAGAAGAUGAAAAACUUAAAGUCCUCCAUUAUCAAGAAGUGUUACGAGCAGUGAUUGACUAUUGGGAGAAUUUUUGUGAUUGUAACACUUUUCACUCAGCAGAAAAAGUAGUUCUUGGAAUGGUUACACGUGAAGAUAACCUUACUCUAAUUAAAAAACAGAUUCGAGAAUUAAAAAGUAAUCCAAGUCUUUAUUUUGACGAAGUAAAGAAAUACAUGAUGGAUUUUCUAGAGGAAAAGAGAAGAACAGCGGAUUCUACGGAGUUAUUAAUUUCUUCAAUGGCAGGCAAACAUGGAUUUAGAUAUAUCACUCAAUUCGAAAGGAAAAUGAAGAGAAGCCAAUCGCUGCCAUAUGGAUUCUCAGAUUUUAGAAUAGGAACAGAAUUGGAGGAAACGCAAGAACACCAAAGAUGUAGCAGAUUUUAUCCUUUGGAGAACUUUCCACAUUUUCAAUACGUGUACAGUUUGGUAUAUGACUGCUACUGCCACCUCAAGGAAUUCGAUAACAUAAUUCCUGACGAAUGGGCUAUUUGUUUCUUGAAACCAGGCCAGGAUCUUGUCAUAAAAGUAGACUUCAUUGGCACCCUUACACAAGAGAGAUUAAACCUUGUAUCUGAUAUCAAGGGAAAAGAAGAAAGAAAUGGUAAAACAGUUUGGUCUGAAUCACCACUUAUCUGUUUUCAUGAGGAUGUCAAGGGUCAUAAUAGGAAAGCAUGCCAUACACUAAUUGUGAAAAAAGAGUUAAAAGACACCAAAAAAAUUCAGACGGAUACUCUCUUUCACAUGACCGAGUAUGAUGAAGAAGAAGUACGCAAAAAGAUUUCUGUUUGCUUAGAGAAAGGACUUGGAGAUUACUUAAAAAGGACAAUGAAUAAGAUCAAGUAUUUAGAACAUAAUGCUAAUGAAGACUUGGAAGAUCUUUAUCUUGAAAUGGAAACCAUCCUUAAACAUAUAAUGCAUGAAGAAAAUAUACUACAACAUAUACCCAAAGAAAACGACAAUUGUGGUAUACCAUCAGAAAUAAAGGAUUUGCUUUUUAGAGAACCUUACGUCAAUUCGUUUGGAAUUUGGGAAGAUAAGACCUUUAAGGUGUAUAUGGAUGAAAUCGUAGAUACUGAUAUUUUCAUUGAAAAACUUAAACGCAAAAAUAAAACCUUUUUCGAAAAUUUUAAAAUAUUAGUUGAGAAAAAGAAAUUUACUACGAAGAUUGCGACUAAAUUAAAACAAGGUGGAGAGAUACAUAGACACACUCCUUCAGAGGAUGGGGUUGAAUGCGGCACUUUAGGUGGAUUCGUUAAAGAUACUAGAACCACUCGAAACUGUUGUGAAGCAUAUGCUUUGACGUGUAACCACUUAUAUCCUACUAUGAAUGAUCCAGCUUUUGCAACAAUAAAUGGAGAAGAAAGAGAAAUUGGAAAAUGUAUUUUUUCCACCCGUGAAAAUUUUUGUGAUUUUGCAGUUGUCGAAAUCAAUAAAGAGCUUGCCAAUCAAUGCGAUUUAGAAUUUAGGCGGGACGAUGAAAUGACAUGCAACGCAGAAGUUUCGGAUUGUUUUCCGAUAAAUGUUGGGAUCGUACAUAAAAACGGUUCUAGAACAAAUUGGACGCGUGGUCGUAUUGUCAGUCGUGAAUUCUGUGACGUUCUGAAUAAAAAGGAAGGUUUCGUAGUAAAAGGAUCAUUUGGCCGCCCUUUCUCUGCUCCGGGUGAUAGUGGAUCGAUAGUGUUUGCAAGAGACAAUUCAGUUGCUCAAAACACAGUUGAUGUGUUGGGAAUGGUCUAUUCAAAUAAUCUUGAAAUCCGUGAAAAUUUUGAAAACCCGGAAUCUGGGCAAGGAAAAACAUUAGAUGUUUCACAAUACUUAGACAAGAGUCCUAAAAAGAGUUUCAAUGAAGCUGAAAGUAAAUAUGAAGACGUAAACAAGUCUAAGAUUGACAAUUUACAAGAAGAAAAGUCAAAAUCUAGGAAAAAUCCAGAAAAUUACAGUUUAUGUUUUCGUAUGAAUAAUGCAUUCGAGCUUUUGAAAAACGAAAAAAAAUUAGUGGUUGGCUUUGAAAAAGUGCAUUCAUCAACUGAGACCGAUAAUUCGUAAACUAAAGUUUAUAUUUAUUAUAAUAUAGAUUUUUGUACAUAAAUAAAUCUUUUCUAUUCAAAUAUGUAAAUUUUGGACGGAUGUAUCAG